AGAUAACAUUAGUACCAUUAGUAUUUCCUCCUCCUCUUGCAACACUGUAACUACACAACCGUCUGGCACUGUUCAGUUUUUACUCUUGUUCAUUCGUCUCUCCCGAACUCCGUGCUAUUAAGUUGGGUGCUAUGUACGCGUCAAGCAAAGUACCAGUAUACCUCUCUGUAAUAGGGCUACUUACAGCAAUAGUAGGCGUCGUGUGUUUUAUCGUAGCACCUAAUCUGGACUGCUAUGGAUACGACGAGUAUUACUGCGAAAGCCAAACCCUGUUUCUGAAUAUAUCUGGUAUAACGUCCGUUGUAUCAGGAGGUCUCAUGAUCAUUGCGGCUCUGAUCAUGCACUGUCGGAACAAAAACUCCCCAGAGCCCAGCGCGGUCCCGUCCACCACCGCCGUCACCUAUCCCAGCGGAGCCAUCUAUCCACCUACUUCCACCCGGAUCAUCUACCCGCAAGUCUAUCCUCCUGUAGCCACUAUACAGGGCUAUCCACAGAUCUAUCCCUCCUCGUCCACCGAACAGGGUUAUCCACCAGUUCCUCCACCUGCCUAUUCCCUCUCGCCUUAUCCACCAGCCUACGGGGAGCAAGAGCGGAAGGGAUAUGUUGGUGUAAAGCUUCUUAGUUACCGCGAUGCCUCAGGAACAAGUUAUUCAGAUGCCAGUGGCAAAUAAGACCAUCCCGAAUGACCGCUACUGCACAUCCGGAAUGGUCAUGAAGCUAUUGAUCUUGGGGAUCAUUUUCCUGGCCAUAUCUCUCACCGGAUUCAUAGCAUCGACGGCCCAGUGUUACGUGUCAACCCAGUUCGACACUUAUGAUAUGUGUAGAUUUGAAGCCAAAUUGUUGUUUGGUGUCGGAGUGGGCACUGUGUCGGCUGGAGCUAUGUUCAUCUUCCUAGCACUCGUGGGCUGGUGUAGUAGGCCUUAAUAUGCAUACGAUUAAAGUGUUAUAGAACUGUCCAAAGAAUGUUUUUUACUUGCUUUAAAUAGAUUCUAUGUUUUUAUUGAUUUUAUGAUUUUAUGUUUUAACUUUUUAUUGUGACGAUAAAAAAAUGCAAAUAUA